AUGGCUACCACCACGCAACCACAAAAUAUACUGAUGGAUGAACCUUCAAAUCUUCCUAACAACAGCGCCCACGAUAAUAAGUAUGGAAACAUAAAUGCGAGUACAAGAAGUUUUACAGGCAUGGGCAUGCACAUGCACCCUGCCAGACUGAACUCUCUGGAGUUUUUGCACAUGCCCAGGAGACUUUCUAAUGUCAAACUGCACAGAUUACCUCAGGACGAGUUGCAAAGAAAUACAGACAUGAACAAGGGUAUGUCUUUCAAUGGGAAGCAAGUUCAUGCACAUCAUCCCUUUAUAAACCCGGGAGCGGAUUUCAGUGCUCAUCAUCAAAACGUUAGUAAACUUGGGGAGGAAGAAGACGAAAUCUCUCCCCUAUCACACGAUAAUUUUCAGUACGAAUCCGAAGAAAAUGCCAUUCCUUCACCUCCCAUCUAUAAGAAAUCUGGAGAACUGGUGAAAAGUUCAUUAAAAAGAAGAUCCAAGUCCCUACCCAUCACUCCCAAAUCUAUAUUCAACAAAACUGGCGCUAAGGGCAAGCACGUCAAUUUGGAUCAUGUGGAUACGAGGCUGUUGCAAAGAAGUAAAAGUGUCCAUUUCGAUCGUGUUUUACCAAUAAAGCUGUUCAAUGAAAACGAAAAACCUAUAGAUGUUGGAAAACAAAUGAUUCAACAAGAUGUUUUGAAUUUCAAACACAAGCCUUUGACAAGACUAAGUGGUCUUAAUGGCGACACUAAUAGCGUACCUAUAGAGGAUUUGCUAUCCGAAGACAACCAAAAUGAAUAUACAGACACAUGGCUACGAAACCCGAAGGGUGUAUUCCUAUUUGGUACAAAUUCCAAUAAUCGUAGAAAUAAAAAAAAAAAGUUCAAACUCAGUGACGAUGACAGUGAUAUUGAAAAUGACAAUGACAGCGACGACGCUAUUAACCGCUUAGUAAGACAACAGGACAAAGAUCAGUCUCACCUUGCACACGGGUUGAAGAAUUUGUUAAUAAACGAUGACGAGGAUUAUUUAGAAUCAAGAACAAAUUCCACUAGAUCAGAUGCCAAUUUGUUUUAUGGAAACUCUAAAAGGAUUGUUGGUCUUUACAAUAAGAACUUCCCAAUCUUGAGUGACAGGAAUCGUAAAAGCUUAAAACUUAACAUAUUUUUAAAUCUCUCUCGUGGAAGGCCCGUUUUUUUGCAAGAAAUUACGCUACUGACUGGCUUCCACAACAUGGUUAUAAUUGGGAAAGUCUUUGUGAAAAACAUAUAUUUUGAUAAGAAGAUUAUCGUAAGAUACACAUGGGAUGCAUGGAGAACUUUCCAUGAAUCAGAAUGCGUUUAUUUUUCAAGUGCUAAUGGCAUCUUGCCAGGGAGCAAUAUGGAUAUUUUUAAGUUCUCCAUUGAUGAUAUACACAAUCCAAAUGAUAAAGAUAGCAAUAUAUCACAAUUGGAGUUUUGUAUUCAAUACUUGACUUGGAGCGUUGAUCGUUCUAGGAAGGAAUAUUGGGAUAAUAAUGACUCGCUAAACUAUAAAAUUGAUGUGAUAACAAAUGAAACGAGGACGGGGCCUACAACAGAUGUCAAUGAUAACUACGAAAUGAAACAUAGCCUUUUCAGAAAUCCAUUCCAUUGA